CCAGCUCUGUCCACUACAGACUAGAGUGGAUUCCUCCCUUUUAAUCUUAGUUCUCUCAUGUACACAGCAAGGGGUGAAGCAUUCUGAGCUAGUUGACCUCUUUCCUAACAGAAACCAAUUUGACAAUUUAAUGAAAGAUACAAACCAUAGGAAAAACUCUCAGGCAUGAAAAAAAUUGCAUAGACUUUCAAGGGGGACCACAGCCCCCACCAGGAAUCUAGAAACUUCAAGUGUAGCUGUGGGGAGAGAGUGUGGACCACUGUUUAGCCGUUUGGGUUUGGGGGCAGAAAGACACAGGCUCAGAUCCUGACUCCCCACCCCACUAGCUCUGUGACCUUAUUAUAGGGCUAUAACAUCUUGAGUCUCAGUCUUUUUAACAAAUAAGUGAGUAGCCUCAUCUCAUACUGCAGCAACACUACAGCAGAGACUUUAGCCAGGCCCAGCAUUGUGGUGAGGGCAGUAAAUGGGGACUUCCAAGAUGUAUGGAAAUGUUCUCCAGGUGUGGCCCAUGCUCCACCAAGAUCAGAAUCCCAUAGAGGAAACCCUUAAAAUGGGCUCCCGCGCUUCCUGCCCAGAAAAUUCGAUUCUUCAGGCCUGGGGUGGAGACUAAGAGUGCAUUUUUAACCAACCUCUGCCUCCCAAUUCUGGUGGGAGUUAGACGUUAGAAACACUAAACCAUUCUAAGAGACCGACUUUUCCGGCAGGCUGGAAGAUCAGAGAACAGGUGCAGAGGUGUUCAGAGCAGCGCCUCUGGGUCGGUGCUCAUCAGGGGGCCCCUUCCAGGGACAAACAGAGCUUGGGCUAACAGCCCCACCCAGUGGGACUCUAGGGCCCCACUAUACUAGAUCCGGUGCACACCCCCGCAAGCCCCCCCCCCCACCAGCGACCACGGGGAGGGGCGAAAGAAACGGCCUUCUGGCCUUCGGGGAUCCGGAGAACCCACAAAACUGAAAGCGAAACCCGCCCUCCCGGACUUUCGCUUUCGCUGCCUCCCGCCACCCAGGUGGCCCCGCGGCCCGGGGAGAGCUGGAGUCCAGCCACCCUCGCCCCGACCUAGCCCCCGCGCGCUGCGUCCUCGAUGGUCGGCGAGCCCUGGCGGCGGGAGGAAGGGAAGGUCCUCGACGGCAGGCGACCCAUGGCGGGGGCCGGGGGUCCCCUGCGCCUCCGCGACUGGCUGGUGGCGCAGAUCGAGAGCGGGCGCUACGCCGGCUUGCGCUGGGAGGACGCGGGCAAGACCCUCUUCCGCAUCCCCUGGAAGCACGCGGCCAAGCAGGGCUACCAGGCGCGGCAGGACGCGGCGCUCUUCAGGGCCUGGGCCAUAUACAAGGGCAAGCACCUAGAGGGCGUUGACAAGGAAGACCCCCCCAUGUGGAAGACACGGCUCCGCUGUGCCCUCAACAAGAGUGCAGACUUCUGUGAGGUGCGCGAGUGCAGCCAGCUGGACAUCUCCAACCCCUACAAGGUCUACCGGAUUGUGUCUGACGGUGCCCAUGGCCCAGUUACCAGGGCAUGUGCUCCUAAAGAGGACCGCGUUCCCCAGAGCUGGCAGGAGUCCCCUGCAGAAGUGGCUGAGCCCGCCUGCGGGACAGACAAGGACGAUUCCAGAUUAGCCACAGAGGCUAAGGACAAGGAGCAGCCUCCCAGGCUGGCCCAGCGGGGCUCCCUACCGUCAGCUGCCCUGCUCCCAGGCCCUUUGGCUGACCACAGGUACCAGGCACAAGACCCCACACACCACUGGAGCCCUUCACCUUCUGAGGAUUUCAGCAACCCUGAUUGCUGGCUGCACGUGCGGCUCUUCUAUGGCGCGGAGCUGGUGCGCGAAGCCACGGCGCGCACGGCGGAGGGCUGCUGCCUGAGCCCGCGGGCCGCCGCCGAGCGCCUUCUGGGGUGGCCAGCUCGCAUCGCGCAAAUUCGCUUCCCGGAGCCUCCGCCCGGCGCCCGCGUGCUGCAGCGCCUGCUGCCCCAUCUGGAGCGCGGCGUGCUGCUGUGGGUGGCGCCCGAGGGCGUCUUCGCCAAGCGCCUGUGCCAGGGCCGCGUGUACUGGCGUGGUCCGCUCGCCCCCCACCGCGCGCAGCCCAACAAACUGGAGCGAGAGCGCACCUGUCAGCUGCUGGACACCAGCCGCUUCCUCACAGACCUGCGCGCCCACCUACAUGAUGGCUGCCCAGAGCCUGAGUACCAGAUCCAGCUGUGCUUCGGUGAGGAGUACCCGGGCCCGGAGGAUCGGCCUACGGAGCGGCUCAUCAUGGCCCAUGUGGAGCCAGUCUUUGCCCGGGAGCUCCUCCUGCACUUUAAGAGCCACAGCCAAGAUGCCUCCUUGGGCCCAGUUCCCAACCCAGCACCCCCCAAGGCUUCGCUCAUCUAACAGCGCAGCAGAGUCAGCCAUAAGCAUCUGUUUCCUCCUCUCUUACCCUCCAUAAAGUCAGCUCACCACAAAGUCUGACCUCUACCCCUGCCUGGCCUGGCCUUAAACUGAGGCAGUGGACUUGGGGAUUUCCCCGCCCAUCACCCAGGUGGGUUGGAACAGCUGAAGUUGAUCUCAAAGCUGAUCUCAUCUGCAACCUCUCAGCCACAGGGAUGGCUGGCAUCCACAGCAGGUGGGGAAAUCAGACUUGACCUGGAGGUUCCUGAAACAGCAGUCAGUGCAGAAACAAGACCUCAUCUCUUGUUGAGAGCCCAAGCUGGCUAUAGCAAUUUACUUAAAGCCUGCCCUACCUGCAGUUGAGCCCAUUGUCAGUGUUGCUUAAAGCAAUUAGAUCUGUUGCAAUUAGAUCUGCAGGGUUGUUUAGAGAGAGGCCAACUAGUAAUGAUUGCCUGGCCUCUGAGGGCUCUGAGUUUCUAGACCCUUCCUCCCACUCUACCACAAGUCUCUCUUUUGGGGGACAGCAGGGGGUUGGUAGAGCAAGGAGUUCCAAAACAGAGGCCUUGUCCUGAACCCAACGAUUUGGUUGCUAACCACUGAACCAGCAGUGCAGUGGAUACUGCGGGUCCCCCAAACACAACCCAGAGACAGAAGCCAGCAUGAGCACCAGGAGCCUAGCCCCUCCACAAAGCCCCUAAACUUCAAGCUGGGAGUCCUUGGGAACUGGGAGGGAGAACCCCCACUUCAAAAGCAGUCAGCUCUGCCAUGUCAGUGAAGUCACUGUUUUCUGUCCCAGAAAUCAGAUGUUUUUUCUUUUUCUGAUUUCUAACUUUAUUUAUAGGAAUCCUCUUACAGAUGGCAACCUAAUAAAUCUCUUUGACGAUACACUAAUAAGCCUUUUUUAUGGGGGUAGGAUGCUGGUACUGUAUGAUUCAACAAAGGACAGAAGUCAAUUGGAUCUCUACUUUUUAAUUCAUUCAACAAACGUUUACUGAGCACUUGUUCUGUUCCAGGCCAAUGCUGGACACUGGGGAUGCAUGUUCCCUACUCUCUUGGGGAUCACAACCUGUUUACCAGUGGGGGCCUAAUGACUGUCCUCUACCCCUGCCCCUCACAGAGGAGGUAGGGUUUAGGAGGCAGAGACACAAUCCUGAGUUCAAAUCCCAGCUUUGUCACUUACUAGCUGUGUGACCUCAAGCAAGUCACUUAACUUUGCUGAGCCCCAGAGUCCUCAUCUAUUCAAAAGAAGCAAUGAGGACCUCUGGAGCAGGGCUGGCAGAGGGGUAAAUGUAGAAGGGAGAGGUAAGCAGGUUUGGCAUGGAGGGUGGCACACAGUAGGGGCCCACUGACUUGGUUAGUUACUUGUGGGUGGGAGAGCAUGGAGGAAGCUGCCUCAUCCUCCAGAUGACCUGACUGUCCAGGGCUUUGCUGCACCCCAGUUCAAGGCUGCGGCUGGGUAGGAGCCUCAGUCCAAAGUGACAGUCCUCAGUCAUAUCCAAAUCCCUACUCUAUGCUACACUCUCCGAGGACACUGGAUUUCGUGCAAGGGGAUUUGCAUGCCUCUUUACCACAAAUCUUACAGCUGAAGAGUUGCUAACUCCAUUUUAGAGAAGGAAACACAUGCUCAGUCAGGGACCAGGGCUUAAUGGAGAUGCUUCUUGGGAAGGGAGAGGUCUCCGUCCUGACGACUGUCCUCCCCAAAGCCAUCAGUAGAGGGCGCCAGGUCUCAGCAGAACAGGUUUGGCUGUUCUGGCCCUCCUGGGAGGUCCUGAUCACCAUCCCAGAUACCCUGCCCCACAUACAUGCCCCAGUGCUCACUGGGAACAGUGUGACCUUAAGGGCUUUGCACUGCGGGGAGGAAAAAGUAGGCAACAAGCCUGGAAGAAGGAGAGCAGAAGGAGGAACUAGGGGUGGGGCAUUUGAGAGACCCCUGGG